AUGAAUAAUAAUGCAAAGAUAAGAGAAGAGUAUGAAAUAAUGAAAUACUCAAGAAGAAAAGAAUCAAUUAAGACCAAAUAUCCACAUAAAAUGAAGUUUUCAAUGAUUCUUGCAAUUAUGACACACUGCCAUGUACUUUUCGCACUGCCCUUUAAGAAUAUUAAGUUCUUAUGUGAAGAAAUCAUUCAUGAGACAAGUGACAGCAUUGUGAAACUGAAUGAAGAGGGUCCACUAAACCCACUGUGGGCAUAUUUAAGCAAUGCAUGCUACAGUUUAAACAAAACACUCAUGCACAGACCACUCUUAGACCUAAAAAAAUCAGAAGAAAUAAUUCUGGCAAAGCUAGUGGUUGACACCAAGAUAAGCAUACCCCAAUUAUAUCCCACAGAGCCAGACCAUAUUAAAUUCAAGGAAAACUUCUUUCUGGUUGAAAAUACUAAUAGAUAUGGGACAUCCUCUAAUGAUGGAUUUAAAGUAUUCCUGGAAUACCAUAAGAAUACGCAUAUAUAUUACCAUACCCUUCUGGCAUCGUUAUUUUUAAUCGCACAAGGUGCUGAUCUAUCUUUAAAAUUAGACGAAAAGACACUUAUAUUGCAGCUACCUUCACUAGAAUGUAAUACACUGCAUACAAAGACAUAUGCAUUCUCUGUUAAUCUUAAUACGCAUGCACCACAGGAACAUACGUAUAUUAAUAUGCCUACUUGUUAUAACCAUGUGAAAUAUAUUCUUAAUAAGUUCUUCUUGCAUACGGUAGACCAAGAGACUGAAAAUAGUGUGGAUAUGGGUGCGGAUUAUACUGAGCACAGAGUAAGGUAUGGGGAUUUCCAUAAAAGUACGAUAUGGUACAUGCAGCAAUAUAUCUAUCAAACAAUGAAUAGUUUGAGUGAAAUAAAAGCUUUCAUUCAGAGAGUGCACAAAAUACUAUCUGAACAGAUUAAAAUCACACAAUCAUCAAAAUUAAAGAAUAUUUAUGACAAUCUGUUUUGUGUAUGCGAGAAAAACGCAUCCAUAAAAACCACAUACACAGAAUAUGUGCACACACUGUAUAUGGGGCUUAAUCUGGCAAAGCACCAGAUGCUGCCAAUUUACUUUGAUGAAUCUUUCCCUGCUCCGGGCUAUAUCCCGCUUUAUGACAAGGCCCAGGGCAAGCACGCAAAUAAUUCGAAUUCUUUCUUUAGUAAUACCACAGAAACCACUAUAAUGAAUAUAUUCUUGUGCCUGCUGUAUAAUCUGGCGGAAAAGAGAUAUACUAUAGAGCAUAUGCCCAAUGCGUCAUACGAAUUUAAAAAAUUCUUUAGUGUAUACUUUCUGCACAGUAGUAUUUUAUGUGAACAUUCUAGCCUAGAGAGUGAAACUUCUAGUAUAUACAGUGACUAUUCGUCUGAGGGUGAAUUUAUUCCUGUUACCAUGGAGAUAGGCGCAGAUGAUGGGAUAGAAUCAUAUGCAUGUAAUGAGACUAUGCCAAGCAGUUCUGAGAGGAAUUUACCUGAGGAAAAUAGUAAUUAUGAGCACAUGAAUAGUGAAAAUUCGUAUACAACUACAAAAAUAUCUAAUGAAGUGCAUAAGGACUGGAAUAUGGUUGUUGCAGGCUUAAAUAUCCCUGGGUCUGCAUAUGUGGGAGAGAAGAAGAAUCAGAUUAAGUCGGAUAUUUUAUCGAUUAUUUUGGUUAUUAUGGAUGUAACGGGACAGCCUGCAUCUGUGAAGAAUCAAUUCAGUGCGAUUUUCUGUGAAAUAGAAAGAACAUCAAAGGACAAAAGAGACUGUGCUGAGUAUUAUCUUAGACUAGAGAGUCUCUUGGUUGAUAUUUUUUCUUCUAUUCUUGCUAACUUUUCGCUUAAUUCGAAUAAGUAUAGCCUGAAAGACUAUAUGCACAUGGAGGUGAAACUUUCAGAUAUUUCAGUGGUGCUAAAGGAUGGCUGCAUUUUACAAAUAACAGGGAAUAUAGGAAUAUACUAUAGGCUUGGGGAUUUAAAUGUAGCAAUACAGAUAAGCGUGAUGAAUAAUACAUCCAGAGUCAGUAUUAAGGAGACUCCUAGACUUUUUUCAUAUCAAAUACUACGAUUUAGUAUGCUCUUCUUAGAAGACAAAUACUUAACGGAUUUACAGCAUAAAGACGAGUGUAAAAUAAUCCAGGUUUACACUAAGUUGGAAAUCAUGAAUUUGCAUCGGUUUCUAACAUCCAAGGAAUAUUUUUUAUCCUAA